GAAAAUAUGGCCAAGGAUGUUGAAGUUAACGGAUUCAACCCAGGAUUGAUUGUUUUACUUGUUAUUGGUGGGCUCGUGCUGACUUUUCUUAUUGGGAACUAUGUCCUUUAUGUGUAUGCCCAGAAAACCCUUCCUCCAAAGAAAAAGAAGCCGAUCUCCAAGAAGAAGAUGAAGAAGGAAAGACUGAAGCAAGGUGUUUCGGCACCCGGAGAAUAGAUCCUUAGACACUGGGGUAGAAGAACAUAUUUGAGUUCAUGUCCAGCAGCACUAAAAUCAGAUGAUUGUAGUUCUUAAGGUUACAUUUUCCUGUCAAAACAGAUAGACCAUCAAAAAGCUACUGCUUUUAUUGUGCUUGCUGACUGAGAAUUUUUGAUAAAUAUUCUUUUUGGUGA